AUGAAAGGCUUGAUUCUAGUUGGAGGAUACGGAACGCGUCUUCGACCUUUGACACUGACCAAGCCGAAGCCUCUGGUUGAGUUUGGCAAUCGGCCAAUGAUUCUACAUCAGAUCGAGGCUCUUGCAGAGGCCGGAGUCACAGAUAUUGUGUUGGCGGUGAACUACCGCCCCGAGGACAUGGUGGACACUCUGCAAAAGUACGAGAAGGAGUACGGUGUGAACAUUACUUUCAGCGUUGAGACUGAGCCUCUGGGUACUGCUGGUCCGCUUAAGUUGGCAGAGAAGGUUUUGGCCAAGGACCCGUCUCCCUUCUUUGUCCUCAACUCAGACGUUAUCUGUAAUUACCCCUUUAAGGAGAUGAUCGAGUUCCAUAAUGCACACGGUGGCGAGGGAACUAUUGUAGCCACCAAGGUUGAGGAUCCAUCCAAAUACGGUGUCAUUGUGCACCACCCGGGCACCACGAAGAUCGACCGGUUUGUCGAGAAGCCGGUGACGUUUGUAGGCAACCGCAUCAACGCCGGUAUCUACAUUCUGAACCCCAGUGUUAUUGAUCUUAUUGAGUUACGUCCUACUUCCAUCGAGAAGGAGACAUUCCCUGCCCUGGCCAAGAAGGGCACUCUGCAUUCGUUCGACCUCGAGGGCUACUGGAUGGACGUUGGCCAGCCCAAGGACUUUUUGGCCGGCACCGGCCUCUAUCUUAACUCUCUGGGCGUCCGCAACCCGGAGAUGCUAGUCCCCAAGGACGCUUCUUACCUGCACUCGGGACACGUGCUCGUCCACCCUACCGCCAAGAUUUCUCCCAGCGCCAAGCUGGGGCCUAAUGUAGUAGUCGGCCCCGGCGUGGAGAUUGGUGAUGGUGCGCGGAUUUCCCGCUCAGUCAUCAUGUCCAAUGCGGUUGUGAAACCUCACGCUCAUGUGAAGCAAACUAUUGUAGGCUGGAAUUCGCGCAUUGGGCGGUGGGCUCGCACCGAAAACGUCACCGUGCUGGGUGACGAUGUCGAGAUUCAGGACGAGAUUUACGUCAACGGCGGCCGCGUUCUGCCUCACAAGUCCAUUGGCAGCAACGUCGAAAAGCCAGAGAUCAUUAUGUAG